AAAAAGAAAACAGUUUUCGUUGACAAGAAAAAGAUAGAGGAAAAAUGGGAAGCAGAAAGGUUGUGUUAUUGUUGAUGGUGUUUCUUGCAGUGUGUAUGGUGACAUGCAGGCCUUAUGACGAUCUGGGUAAGGAUACCAAAGCCAAAGCAGAGGACGCAAAGAAGUUUGCCUCCGGCGAGCUGCAUGAUGCCGAGGAAAAACACCCGUCUUUCUCUGAUUGGGCUCAAGACAAAUUCUCUGAAAGCUUCGGGGCUGAAGAGGAUAAAGAAAAACAACCGACUGAAAACAUGAUGAAUAAUGUAGAAGAUGUUGCCACAAGUGCCGCGGGGACAAUGAAGUCUGCAGCAUCAGGAGCUUCGGAUUACGCUUCCGAGAAGGCUACGGAUGCCGUGGAAGCAGUUUCAGGGGCCAUGGCACAAGGAAAGGAGAAAAUGAACGACGCUUAUAAUGAAGAUGUCAAGGUCAUCAAAAUGCCAACAGAUACCAGAGAAAAAAUCGGAGAUACCUACAACGAUGCGAAGGAAAAAAUUCAGACGGCUUCAGAUAAGGCUUCAAGUGUGGUUUACAAUGCCAAAGAUAACAUGGAUGAGUCCAUAGAAUAUGUAAAAGAUAGAGCAGGCAAUGCCUAUGACGAAGGUAAGCAGAAAAUGAACCUGGCAUCAGAGAAAUUCUCCGAUACUAAAGCAAGUGAGGUUUAUGAUGAAGCUAGGGAUAAAGUGAAAGGAACAAUGGAUUGUGGAAAUAUGGAUGUGGAUGGAUUUGAUGAGGCCAAUGAUUCUAAAGAAAACAUAGGCGUGCGAAAUGAAUAUGGAAGGGACAAAGUAGCCGAAACUUUUGACCAGGCUAAACGUGAAGUGGAGGAAGCAUACGCAUCAGCAAAGAAUACAAUGACUGAAGAGGCAAAGGCUAAGUACGAGGCUGCAAAGGAGAAGGCUUCAGAUGCUGCAGGAGAUGUCGGAGCUAAGAUGAGAAACACCCCAAACCAAUGAACCUAUGGUUAGUUACCACUUACUCUUAACUAUGAAAAACUCUCUUAGAUUCCACAAAGUUAUCAUCGUACAUAUGCGUCCAGGGUACAUGUUUUUGUAUGUUUUUUCCUUAAACACUCGUCAGUUGUUAGUUACUUGUUAGACAUUAUGAAAACUCUACUCUCCCUAAUGUUAGGAGAAGAAAACCCUGAAAGGCCCCACAGUUAGGUUCUUCUCUGAUCUAUCACGAUGCCAGGUAGAUUCAUACCGUACCAAGUUGUGUUGUCCCAUGAUGUUUUGUAGGGACUAAAUUUGUAGCUUUUAGUAGGUUAUGUAAGUGGAUCCUCAGAUGAAUGAUAUAAAUUGUUGGGGCCCUUUACUAAA